AAACCACAAGGCAAAAGAUGAUCAAAGAAAGAAGAAAUCACCUUAGGACAAAUGGGUUUGAGGGAUAAAGACUCAGUCCUUAAUGCCAGAAACAACAAAGCUGAAGAGGAAGAUGAUAAUAACAACAACGGCGAUGAGGAAGCUGCUUCUGCUAAAAGGAAGAAAGUGUCUUCUUCUCCGUCUUAUUCUUCGACUUCUGAGGACGAGGACGCUGUUUACAGUGAGAAGCUGAGUCCAAGGUUUGAUUUGAUCAAUGACAGUCUACGAGGUAACUAUGCCAAGCUAAACAGUUCCUUGAAGAAACCAAUUGGGUCGCCUGUGGAGAAGAAUGUUGAAGUUGAGACUGUGGGUAACAAAGGUAGAAGCAAGAUGGCUACAAUGGGGUCUAGAAAGGAGUCUAAAGGCUCUCUUUCCAUCAGUGGAACUACUGGUUAUGGUGAUUUAGAAGUGGAAGGUGAUAAAGGACCUACUUUUAAAGAUUUUGGUGGGAUUAAGAAAGUGUUGGAUGAAUUGGAGAGGAAUGUUUUGUUCCCGAUUCUCAAUCCUGAACCGUUUAAGAAGAUCGGAGUUAAGCCACCAAGCGGGAUUCUAUUCCAUGGACCACCUGGCUGUGGGAAGACCAAGUUGGCUAAUGCUAUAGCCAAUGAAGUUGGUGUUCCGUUUUAUAAGAUUUCAGCUACUGAUGUGGUUUCUGGUGUCUCUGGUGCUUCUGAAGAGAAUAUUAGAGAGCUCUUCUCUAAAGCGUAUAGGACUGCGCCUUCCAUUGUGUUUAUCGAUGAGAUUGAUGCAAUUGGAUCAAAGAGGGAAAAUCAGCAAAGGGAGAUGGAGAAGCGGAUUGUAACGCAAUUAUUGACUUGUAUGGAUGGACCUGGUAACAAAGGUCCUGAGUCUAGUGCUGGAUUUGUUCUCGUCAUUGGAGCUACAAAUAGGCCUGAUGCUCUGGAUCCUGCUUUGAGAAGAAGUGGACGAUUUGAAUGUGAGAUCGCUCUGAGUGUUCCAGAUGAAGAUGCAAGGGCUGAGAUCCUCUCUGUUGUAGCCCAGAAACUUAGACUAGAAGGGCCCUUUGACAAAAAAAGAAUAGCUCGUUUAACACCGGGGUUUGUUGGAGCCGAUUUGGAGGGUGUUGCUAACAUGGCUGGCAGGAUAGCCACAAAGAGAAUCUUGGAUUCAAGAAAAUCUCAACUCUCUGGGGACUGUGAAGAUGAUAAUUCUUGGCUGAGGCAUCCCUGGCCAGAAGAAGAGUUGGAAAAACUCUUUGUCAAGAUGUCUGAUUUCGAGGAAGCAGUGAAUCUAGUUCAAGCAUCUUUGACAAGAGAAGGAUUCUCUAUCGUGCCUGAUGUCAAGUGGGAUGAUGUCGGUGGACUUGAGCAUCUACGACUUGAAUUCAACCGUUAUAUAGUCAGACCUAUCAAAAAGCCUGAUAUUUAUAAGGCUUUUGGGGUAGACUUAGAGACAGGAUUUUUACUCUAUGGACCACCGGGUUGUGGCAAGACAUUGAUUGCAAAGGCGGUUGCUAACGAGGCAGGAGCUAAUUUCAUGCACAUCAAGGGUGCAGAACUUCUAAACAAAUACGUUGGAGAGAGCGAGCUUGCUAUUCGGACAUUGUUUCAGCGCGCCCGGACAUGUUCGCCAUGUGUAAUCUUCUUUGACGAGGUGGAUGCUUUGACAACAAGCCGUGGCAAAGAAGGUGCCUGGGUUGUUGAACGGCUUUUAAACCAGUUUCUUGUUGAGCUAGACGGUGGAGAGAGGCGUAAUGUAUAUGUAAUUGGAGCUACAAACAGGCCAGAUGUAAUUGAUCCUGCAUUCUUGAGACCCGGUAGGUUUGGGAAUCUUCUAUACGUACCCCUCCCUAACGCGGAUGAACGUGCUUCAAUUCUAAAAGCUAUUGCAAGAAAGAAACCCAUAGAUCCUAGUGUUGAUCUAGAUGGCAUUGCAAAGAUGAAAUGUGAAGGUUUCAGCGGAGCUGAUCUCGCUCACUUGGUGCAAAAAGCUACAUUCCAGGCAGUGGAGGAGAUAACAACUUGUGGUGAAGAUGAUGAUUAUGAUAUUACAGAUACAAGUCAGUGUACCAUUAAGAUGACUCAUUUCGAGCAAGCCUUGUCCUUAGUCUCACCUUCUGUGAACAAACAGCAAAGAAGACACUACGAGAAACUAUCGGAAAGGCUCCAAGAAAGCAUUGGAAGGAAACCAUAGGACCACCUUUCACCUAUACUAAAACCUCUCUUACUUAUAUAAUGUCUGCAAAAUCCCAUUUUUCCUAAUACUUGUAACAAUUAUAUUAUUGAGAUCAGAUAAAUCCGAAUGAAGGUUUUGUUACUCU